GCGCACACUGGGGUGGUCGCCAAGUGUCGCAAAGCUAGCAGCCGGUAGGCAACAAGAAGGCCGUAAAGGGGAGCGCUGCGGGGAAGGAGCUGGGCCCAGCCAGGGUGGCGACGCUGGAAUGAAGUGCAGCAUAUAAGCAGAGCUGCCACACCAUGGACGAGAACAUGGAGGAGGACGCCAGCUAUCAGCAGCUGAUAAUGGACGACCACAAUCACAACAACUGGGAGGCGGACGCUUAUCAGCCUCACCACCAUAAUCGCCAUCACCAUCAUCACACCCAUCACCACGCUGAGCUCACCCUGCCCGAGUCAGGGGGGAUGUCGCAAACGCAGCAGGACCCCAAAGAACUACUCCAUCAUAUGUCUGCCAACGGCGAAGAGAGAGGGCCGGCGGCGCACAGAGAGCCUGAGCCCAUGACCAGUAAAGUAACCCUGAACAUUAACACCUCAGCGUCCAAGUUCUUGAUGAACGUUAUAACAGCGGAAGACUACCAACGCACUUAUUGGCCGAAGCUGGACAGUGCCAUUGAUCAGCUUUUGACACAGUCUCCUGGAGACUGCAUCCCUAUUUCUUAUGAGCAAAUUUACAGUUGUGUUUACAAGUGUGUGUGCCAGCAACAUUCAGAGCAGAUGUACUGUGACCUCAUCACAAAGAUAACCAGUCACUUAAGACGAAUCUCAGAGGAGCUGCAGGUCAGCUGUCCAGAUGCUUACAUUGAGAGGUUUAAUGCCGCACUCAGCCAAUACAUGGGAGCUCUACAGAGCAUUGUGCCUCUAUUCAUUUACAUGAACAAAUUUUACAUUGAAACCAAACUUAACAGAGAUUUGAGAGAUGACCUCAUAAAAUUGUUUACAGAACAGGUUGCAGAAAAGCAUGUUCCCACCUUAAUGCCUUUGCUAAUAGAAGCUCAGUCAACUCCAUUUCAGAUCACUCCUUCAAUCAUGGCAAAUAUAGUUAAAGGCUUAUACACACUUAGACCUGAUUGGGCACAGCUGGCACCAAGUCUCUUUUCUAAAUUUAUCCCAAAUAUCCUUCCCCCUGCAAUGGAAUCCAAGCUGUCAGAAUAUGCCGCUGAAGACCAAAAACUCCAGCAAGAAUUAAUACAGAAUGGCUUUGCCAGAGGGGACCAGUCACGAAAAAGAGCAGGAGAGGAGCUGAUAUUCAAUGGGUCAUCAUCAUCAUCAUCUUCGUCAUCAUGUGCAAAUGCAAGAGGAUUCAGAUAGUGAAGACCUGUUUUAAAUCGCGUUUG